AUGGAGUCAUUUUCAACGAGGUUGGAGGCGCACGGAAAGAUCUUCCACUUCGAUUUGCCCAGAAAAUUCCGAGUUUUUCAGCGAGCGUGGUGGAUGCUUCCCGUAUGGUCAUUUCUAGUGGGCGAGACCGUUCGUUGCACAUCGGGACAACCUUUUGCGAUUUGA